AUGUCUGUAGAGGCCAUCACAGUAAGUAGAGGUCCUCAUCACAUCACAGUAAGUAGAGGUCCUCAUUACAUCACAGUAAGUAGAGGUCCUCAUUACAUCACAGUAAGUAGAGGUCCUCAUUACAUCACAGUAAGUAGAGGUCCUCAUCAAAUCACAGUAAGUAGAGGUCCUCAUUACAUCACAGUAAGUAGAGGUCCUCAUUACAUCACAGUAAGUAGAGGUCCUCAUUACAUCACAGUAAGUAGAGGUCCUCAUUACAUCACAGUAAGUAGAGGUCCUCAUUACAUCACAGUAAGUAGAGGUCCUCAUUACAUCACAGUAAGUAGAGGUCCUCAUCACAUCACAGUAAGUAGAGAUCGUCAUCACAUCACAGGAAGUAGAGGCCAUUACAUCACAGUAAGUAGAGGUCCUCAUUACAUCACAGUAAGUAGAGGUCCUCAUCAAAUCACAGUAAGUAGAGGUCCUCAUUACAUCACAGUAAGUAGAGGUCCUCAUUACAUCACAGUAAGUAGAGAUCGUCAUCACAUCACAGGAAGUAGAGGCCAUUACAUCACAGUAAGUAGAGGUCCUCAUUACAUCACAGUAAGUAGAGGUCCUCAUUACAUCACAGUAAGUAGAGGUCCUCAUCACAUCACAGUAAGUAGAGAUCGUCAUCACAUCACAGGAAGUAGAGGCCAUUACAUCACAGUAAGUAGAGGUCCUCAUCACAUCACAGUAAGUAGAGACCAUCACAUCACAGGAAGUAGAGGCCAUUACAUCACAGUAAGUAGAGGUCCUCAUUACAUCACAGUAAGUAGAGGUCCUCAUUACAUCACAGUAAGUAGAGGUCCUCAUCACAUCACAGUAAGUAGAGAUCGUCAUCACAUCACAGGAAGUAGAGGUCCUCAUUACAUCACAGUAAGUAGAGGUCCUCAUCACAUCACAGUAAGUAGAGGUCCUCAUCACAUCACAGGAAGUAGAGGUCCUCAUUACAUCACAGGAAGUAGAGAAGAGAGCUAGAAGCAGGGUUCAACCAUAGACCUAAUAACUUUAGAUGGCUAGAAGCAGGGUUCAACCAUAGACCUAAUAUAACUUUAGAGGGCUAGAAGCAGGGUUCAACCAUAGACCUAAUAUAACUUUAGAGGGCUAGAAGCAGGGUUCAACCAUAGACCUAAUAUAACUUUAGAGGGCUAGAAGCAGGGUUCAACCAUAGACCUAAUAUAACUUUAGAGAGCUAGAAGCAGGGUUCAACCAUAGACCUAAUAUAACUUUAGAGGGCUAGAAGCAGGGUUCAACCAUAGACCUAAUAUAACUUUAGAGAGCUAGAAGCAGGGUUCAACCAUAGACCUAAUAUAACUUUAGAGGGCUAGAAGCAGGGUUCAACCAUAGACCUAAUAUAACUUUAGAGAGCUAGAAGCAGGGUUCAACCAUAAACCUAAUAUAACUUUAUAGGGCUAGAAGCAGGGUUCAACCAUAGACCUAAUAUAACUUUAGAGGGCUAGAAGCAGGGUUCAACCAUAGAUCUAAUAUAACUCUAGAGGGCUAGAAGCAGGGUUCAACCAUAGACCUAAUAUAACUUUAGAGGGCUAGAAGCAGGGUUCAACCAUAGACCUAAUAUAACUUUAUAGGGCUAGAAGCAGGGUUCAACCAUAGACCUAAUAUAACUUUAGAGGGCUAGAAGCAGGGUUCAACCAUAGACCUAAUAUAACUUUAGAGGGCUAGAAGCAGGGUUCAACCAUAGACCUAAUAUAACUUUAGAGGGCUAGAAGCAGGGUUCAACCAUAUACCUAAUAUAACUUUAGAGAGCUAGAAGCAGGGUUCAACCAUAGACCUAAUAUAACUUUAGAGGGCUAGAAGCAGGGUUCAACCAUAGACCUAAUAUAACUUUAUAGGGCUAGAAGCAGGGUUCAACCAUAGACCUAAUAUAACUUUAGAGGGCUAGAAGCAGGGUUCAACCAUAUACCUAAUAUAACUUUAGAGGGCUAGAAGCAGGGUUCAACCAUAGACCUAAUAUAACUUUAGAGGGCUAGAAGCAGGGUUCAACCAUAGACCUAAUAACUUUAGAGGGCUAUAAGCAGGGUUCAACCAUAGACCUAAUAUAACUUUAGAGGGCUAGAAGCAGGGUUCAACCAUAGACCUAAUAUAACUUUAGAGGGCUAGAAGCAGGGUUCAACCAUAGACCUAAUAUAACUUUAUAGGGCUAGAAGCAGGGUUCAACCAUAGACCUAAUAUAACUUUAGAGGGCUAGAAGCAGGGUUCAACCAUAGACCUAAUAUAACUUUAGAGGGCUAGAAGCAGGGUUCAACCAUAGACCUAAUAUAACUUUAGAGGGCUAGAAGCAGGGUUCAACCAUAGACCUAAUAUAACUUUAGUGGGCUAGAAGCAGGGUUCAACCAUAGACCUAAUAUAACUUUAGAGGGCUAGAAGCACGGUUCAACCAUAGACCUAAUAUAACUUUAGAGGGCUAGAAGCAGGGUUCAACCAUAGACCUAAUAUAACUUUAUAGGGCUAGAAGCAGGGUUCAACCAUAGACCUAAUAUAACUUUAGAGAGCUAGAAGCAGGGUUCAACCAUAGACCUAAUAACUUUAGAGGGCUAGAAGCAGGGUUCAACCAUAGACCUAAUAUAACUUUAGAGGGCUAGAAGCAGGGUUCAACCAUAGACCUAAUAUAACUUUAGAGGGCUAGAAGCAGGGUUCAACCAUAGACCUAAUAUAACUUUAUAGGGCUAGAAGCAGGGUUCAACCAUAGACCUAAUAUAACUUUAGAGGGCUAGAAGCAGGGUUCAACCAUAGACCUAAUAUAACUUUAGAGGGCUAGAAGCAGGGUUCAACCAUAGACCUAAUAUAACUUUAGAGGGCUAGAAGCAGGGUUCAACCAUAGACCUAAUAUAACUUUAGAGCUAGAAGCAGGGUUCAACCAUAUACCUAAUAUAACUUUAGAGGGCUAGAAGCAGGGUUCAACCAUAUACCUAAUAUAACUUUAGAGGGCUAGAAGCAGGGUUCAACCAUAGACCUAAUAUAACUUUAGAGGGCUAGAAGCAGGGUUCAACCAUAGACCUAAUAUAACUUUAGAGAGCUAGAAGCAGGGUUCAACCAUAGACCUAAUAUAACUUUAGAGAGCUAGAGGCAGGGUUCAUCCAUAGACCUAAUAUAACUUUAGAGAGCUAGAAGCAGGGUUCAACCAUAGACCUAAUAUAACUUUAGAGAGCUAGAAGCAGGGUUCAACCAUAGACCUAAUAUAACUUUAGAGGGCUAGAAGCAGAGUUCAACCAUAGACCUAAUAUAACUUUAGAGGGCUAGAAGCAGGGUUCAACCAUAGACCUAAUAUAACUUUAGAGGGCUAGAAGCAGGGUUCAACCAUAGACCUAAUAUAAC